AUCAAGGGUCAGUACCAAAAUUAAUACUAUGAAUUAAUCUAAGAAAUUUUGUUUAUUUCUUUUUUCUUUUUUCUUUGGUUGAUGAACAUUUUUGGAUCAUAUCUACUACCCUUUUCUAAUCUGGGCUUUCGUAGGGACAAGAAGGCAGCCGCCAACAAUCUACAUUUGUGGGGGCUAAUUGCUAAUUGGUCUGAGGUUUACCAAAAAAAUGAUUGACCUAAUCAAGGAUCUUACAGAAUCCAACAAUGUCCAAUUCAACAAGAUGUGCAGCUUGCAGAUUUUUGAGAAGAAGAUGCCGUCAAGAUUGUGUCUUGGCUCCAUAUUUUCCUCCAACCAAUCCCCAGAGAUUUGCUAAUGUCCAUAAAGUCUUUGGUGCCAGCAAGAUUACUGAAUUGCUAAAGCAACUUCCGGUGCAUUUACGUUAUGAUGCAGCAGAGUGCAUGUCAAUUGAGGCAGCAUCGCGUGCAAGAGACCCAGUUUAUGGAUGUGUUGGAGUCAUAUCUCAGCUGCAACAACAAAUAAUUGAUGUUCAAUCUGAGUUGGUGAAGAUAAAGGGUGAAUUAGCAGUUCACAAUGCUCAGCAACAACUACAACUAGAAGAUGGAGAGAAGGCUAGUGAGCAGCAACAAGAUGAACUUUUAUGGCUCGGUUCGACUCAACAUGACCCUUUGAAUUUGGAUCAACUGCUAAUCCAAGCAAAUGAUUACCAUAAAUCCCACUUUUAGUGACUUUCAUUUAGGAGUAAUCAAGUUGGUCUCCAUGAUUUAUAUGUUCAUUGCUGGUUUCUAGUGCAUUUUCAGUUUUCUUGCGUAAUUA